CUGUUUAAGUACUUUAAAGAAGUUUUGUUUUGUUUGGUUUGGUUUUAAAAAUCUAAUUAUUUUUUGCUUUUGCGUAAAUAAUAAUGACAAAUUACUUAUCAAUAUCGGAUAUUUUGGUAACUAACGAAAAAGUACCAUGUAAAUUCUUACACGAUUUACCUAAAAUGGGUUUCUUAGAUCCUUCGGCAGCCGAUGAUGAUUUAAAAGCCGGAACCAACGUGGAAAUACCACUAUGGCUCGCAGAGUCUUUGUUUUCUAGAAGGCCACCACUAGUGGGUGUGGAUUUACCAAAAAUUUAUAAAGAAACCUACAGAGAGAUAUUAAACGCCGACGCCUGUACUGUUGAUAUGCACAAACUAGGGCAACAUUUUUAUGAACUUGGAUGUUACAUUGCUAAGCAUGAUAUCAAAGGUGAAGUUGCAACAACGCUUAUAAAUACAUUUCAACAAAGAUUCCGCAUGAUCCUGUCUGCAAGUGUUUCGACUGAUUCCAUUAGUUCCUUUCAACCCUUGUCAGCCAGUGAGAGGGAUAGGACAGCUGCUGCUAUGAUCACAGAGGCAGCUUUAUCAGGUUGGCUGAAGAGAGGUGACUGUCCGUUAACUACAGCUAACAUGGUUGCUAAUCAUAGAAAAAGGAAAAGAGCUGAAAUGGAAAUGUUAUAAAUGUAAAUUAGCAUUAAACAAACACACAGUAAACGCUCCUUUGGGGAAUAUCUUAAUAUAUAAAGGCGAAAAUCGCCUGAUGUACAAAGCUGAAAUUUGGCAGGGAGGUAGUUUAUAGUUAGUAGGUACAUAAAACAGAUUUUGUGAUAGGACCGGAUUAAAGAGGUCUAGUGGCAGACAUAGUCGCAGGCGUUCUCUAGUGUUCUAUAAAUACAGAAACCGCAAAUUUGGAAUGGUAUUUUAGGGGAUACAUUCUUGAUCUUGGGUAACAAAGUAAAAUGUAAAAAGAAUCAAGUUAUUGACUAAAUUUUGCAAAUCUUUUUGCUUGACGGUUUUGGCAAAAAACAAAAUCUAUAGCUGCAAAUAAAGAAAUUCAGUUUAGGGCUUAUUGAUAUUCCAUUAUCUCCAAAACACUUCAGUCACUUGAAGACUUAUACCUGUUUGUCCUGUGAUCAUAGUUAAGAAGUUUGUGUACACCUAUGUGCCUCUAAUUGUAAUUCUUAUCUGAUAAUAAUUGAAUCAAACAUCACAUUCAAAUCCACUUUACUUUAAAGCUCUUGCACACUGGCCACCGUCCACAACCACAAAACGCAGCUACUGGCAUAUUUCCUGUAGUUUUCAUACAUAUUACAUGGACUCGCCGCAAACGGUCGACGCCGGUGGCCGCCACACGCUACAAUCGUCGCUGCUCGCUUCUUGUGGCCCACGCCGGCCACUAAACGCCGCCACACGCCACUCGCGCGAUUACCACCACGUGGCGGUGGUCGACACUUGUGACCACAGCCACAAGUGUCGACCACCGGCCACAAGUGGCUGUCGUGUGUGACCCGUGUGCGACUACACUUAGGCCUGUUAGUUAGUUAGCAUGUGAUAAUGAAAUGUAAAGCUCUGUGUUAUAAAUUUUGGAUAAGUACAAUAUCUUCAAUUAUCCAGAUUAGUAAUUAUUGUACUUUGUUAUUUAUAGUAAACUAAAAUUGUAUGUAAUAAGUGUAUAUAACAAAUUAAUUUUGUAAUUCAAGAAUUAAAUAAAUACAAGAGGUAAAAAA